UCCAUCAUGAACUGCUGCUGGUUUCAGACAUGGACUUGGGCGCUUGUCUUCAGUGUCUAUUGGACAUUUGUUGCUGGAGAGCCUGUGUACAUGGUGGUCUUCCCUGCAGUGAUCAGAGGAGGAUCUGAAAUCCAGUUCUGCUCCAGUUUGCUCCAGCCCAAUGAGACGAUCACUCUGACUGCUAUUCUACAUCUUAGAGGAGACAGAAAGGUCCUCUUCCAGCACACCUCCAAUGAAGAGUUUCACAUCUGCUCACAUUUUCAGGCUCCUUUAGUGGAGGGCGUAAAGAAAAUCCAUGUGGAGGCUCGGGGGCUGGCAUUUUACUCAGAAAAAAUUAAAAAAGUUGAUAUCAGAGCUCCUCCUUUACCAUUCACAAUUAUUCAGACAGACAAACCUAUGUAUCUCCCUGGACAAACAGUUCAUUUCAGGGUGUUUACACUGGACAUCAAGUUCAGACCCAUCAAUGGAGUGUAUCACAUCAUUGAGAUUAAGGACAGGGCUGGUCACACGAUUGGCCAGUGGCUGAACAUGAGCUCAAACAGUAAACUUGUCCAAUUGUCGCACCCUUUAAACUCUGAGGCACCAGAGGGAAAAUACAAAAUAACUGUUGUGACUAACCAUGGGAAAAUAGAGCACUUUAUCAACGUGAACAAGUAUGUGCUUCCAAAAUUUUCAAUUCAUUUAAAAUCCACAAGUGAAUUAAGUAUUGGUGAAAAAGAGUAUGAAUUUCAAGUUUGUGGCAAGUACGUAUUUGGACAGGGGGUACGGGGGACAGCUGAGGUGGAGCUGUGCCAACAUCCUUUCGCGUACAGUUAUGGUUUUCCUCCAAAGAUCAUGACGUCUCAGUGCUACACAAAGACACAAGAGGCAGACAAAGAUGGCUGUGCCCCCUUUAGCUUUGAGAUCCCUGAAACCACUGCUGGUAUGCAGGAUAAGAUCUUCCUGAAAGCAAAGUUUGAGGAACAUGGCACAGGCAUUGUAAAGAAACUAGAUAAAACAAUAGAACGUACAUAUGCUAUUGGUUGGGUAUCAUUCAUAGAAGCACCAAGCCAUUACAAAACAGGAUCAGUUGUCAGUGUAAAGGUUAAAGCAAUAGAUUUCAGAAAUAACCCUAUCCCUGACUCAAUGGUAUACCUAUUUUGUACACAACUGGGAAAUACUGAAAUGCUACAGCAACAAAAAACCAAUAGUGAAGGCAUAGUGAAUUUUAUGCUGAACACCACUCAACUUAAAGCAAAUCUUGAACUAUGGGCCAGUUUACAUGGAGAGUUCAAAAGCAGAUAUCAUACUCCACAUUAUUCUCCUGGGUUCCAUGAACUCUUCCACACUGAAAACCCACGUUGGAUUAAUCCAACAGAGAGUGCCCUGGAGGUAACUGGGGCUAGGAGAGGCAAGGGCUUGGCCUGUGGAGCAGAGCAGGAAGUCUUUAUCAUCUACACACUGAUGGGAGAAAAAAAGGGUCCUCUGCAUGUCAUGUACCUGAUUGUGUCAAAAGGGGAAAUUCUAAAACAUGGACAUUACUCGACAGAGGUGCAAGGUGGUUCAGUGAUUGAGGGAGUGGUGCCUUUCACAUUCGUGAUGACAGGUGAGAUGACGCCCCAAGUGGAGAUAGUGGCGUAUGCCAUCCUUCCAAGCAAGAAAAUUAUAGCAGCGACUGAAACGUUUGGUACAGAGUUAUGCUUUAAUAGUGAGGUGUCUGUGGAGUUUUCCACUCCCUCAGCGGUCCCACAAGAAGGCAUCAGUGUUAAGGUACAGGCUCCGCCCCAUUCACUGUGCGCUCUCAAGGCCAUAGACCAGAGUGUCCUCCUCAAAGACUUCACCGCAAGACUGAGCGGAGCCAAGUUGAUCAUUUUGUUGCCUAACCUGAGUUCGGACCCAUAUCCUCGUGAAAUUGAAGAUCAUCAUGAUUGUGGCCCCAUGAGAAAGAAACGAUCAAUGAUAUUGGAGCCUGAUUUAGACAAAGACGCCCACUCUGUUCUCAAAGAUCAUGGCCUGAAAAUUGCUACUAAUUUGUUGAUUCCAAUACCAACAUGCUUGAAUCUCAUACAAGCAUUUGACGAUCUUAGAAUCCCUCUCUCUCCAGGACGUCCUGAUUUGGCCACCUCUGGUCAGCCUGGACCUAUUCAAACCAUACGCGACUUUUUCCCAGAAACUUGGAUCUGGGAUCUGGUGGACACUGGAGAGAGUGGAUCACAUGUAUUGCCUGUAUCUGCCCCUGACACCAUCGCGACCUGGGAGAUGGAGGUGUUCUGUCUGUCCCCCCAGGGCUUCGGUCUGGCCCCCCGAAAACACUUCACCGUGUUCCAGCCCUUCUUCCUGGAGCUGAGCCUGCCCUACUCCAUCAUCAGAGGAGAAAGCUUUGAACUCAAGGCCACUGUCUUCAACUUCCUCACCAGCUGCAUGAUGGUGGUAGUAGAAGCACUCCCCUCUCAGGACUUCAGCCUGACUCCCACCACUGAAAACUCCCACAUGUCCUGUAUGUGUGCCAAUGACCGCAAAACCCUCAACUGGACUCUGGUGCCUUCUGUCCUGGGUGUAAUAAACGUGACGGUACGAGCUGAAGCUGUCUCUUCUGAUGCUUCGUGUGACAAUGAGAUUGUGAGCGUUCCUGAAAGAGGACGCAUUGAUGUAGUCACAAAGGCACUGAUAGUUAAGGCAGAAGGAACAGAAAUGACAAAUACCCACAACUACUUUCUUUGCCCUAAAGGAGAAACUUUGACUGAGGAGAUUUCUCUACAGCUUCCUUCUAAUGUCAUUCCUGGAUCUGCCCGUGGUUCAGUGUCAGUACUGGGAGAUAUCUUGGGCCGAUCCAUGGAGAACCUUGACGGGAUGCUACAGAUGCCUUAUGGAUGUGGAGAGCAGAACAUAGCACUUUUAGCUCCAAAUAUUUACAUUGUGGAAUAUUUGAAAAACACAAAACAGCUGACUGCAGUCACCAUGGACAAAGCUAGAAACUUUAUGGUCAAUGGUUACCAAAGGCAGAUGAACUACAUGCACUUAGAUGGGUCCUACAGCACGUUUGGAAGAGGACAGGGAAACACCUGGUUGACUGCUUUUGUGCUGAGAUGUUUUGCUAAAGCCAGGGAGCAUAUCUUUAUUGACCGCUCCAGAAUUGAACAGGCAACAGAGUGGCUCGUAGGAAAGCAGAAAAGAAACGGCUGUUUUGUACAAAAAGGGAAACUCUUUAACAACAGGAUGAAGGGAGGUGUAUCGGAUGAGGUGACUUUGACUGCUUAUAUCUCUGCUGCCUUCCUUGAACUGAAUAUGUCUGUAUCUCAUCCUGUGAUGAAUAAGAGCCUGUCAUGUCUAAGAGAAUCCCUAACUGACCUGAGCAACACCUACGCCACUGCCCUGCUAGCAUACGUCUUCACUUUAGCUCAGGACACAGAGACAAGAGCGCACCUCCUAAAUCACCUUUACAAAGUAGUACACGAACAAGAUGGUUCUCUCUAUUGGUCCCAGCGGGCUGCAGACUCCUCAGACUCCCUCUCUGUAGAGAUCAGCUCUUAUGUGCUCUUGGCUAAACUCAAAGACUCUCCCAGCGCUGAGGAUCUGUCCUACUCCUCUCACAUCGUCCAGUGGCUGAUGUCACAGCAGAACCAAUAUGGCGGCUUCACUUCCACCCAGGACACAGUGGUGGCUCUGCAGGCUUUGGCUCUUUACUCCAUGUUGACGUACUCUCCUGAAGGUUCCAGCACAGUCAUGGUCCAGUCUCCCAGUGCACAGAUGAGGUUUGAAGUAUGUCAGGAGAACAGGCUCCUUUAUCAGGAGAGACCUCUGCCUCAUGUCACAGGACAGUACAGUGUACAGGUGCAGGGCAGUGCUUGUGUCUCUGUGCAGAUUUCUCUUCACUACAACAUCCCGACUCCCACAGUGGGCUCUGGUCUGUCAGUCACAUCAGAAGUCAGCUGUCAUUCCACAGAUCCACCUGAUCUGAGCCUUAAGCUGAUGUGUCUCUACUUUGGAGAGGAAGACUUUUCAAACAUGGUAAUUCUGGACAUAAAAGUGCUUUCUGGGUUUGCUCCACACCCAGAGUCUCUCAAAGAGCUUCAAAACAAUCGGCACAUUGAUCGUGUUGAUCAAAAGGAAGAUCACUUUUUGUUGUACUUCAAAUGGUUGAAGAAAAACAAAACUUUUGACUGCCACUUGAAGUUCACUCAGAAUGUGGCAGUGCAUAACUUGAAGCCUGCUAUUGUUAAGAUCUACGACUACUACCAACCAAGUAACCAAGCAGAGACAGAGUACUCUUACCAAUGCGCAGAGGCCACCACAACCACAAACAAAUAAACUUGAGACAGAC